AUGACAUCUACUUCUACCCCUUCGGAUGCAAGCCCCACAUUAUCCACCGAAACUAUCGCAGGAAUCGUCAUUGGAGUUGUAGGAGGCGUAGCUGUGGUCGCAGCUGCAUGUUUCUAUCUGCGGUGUUGGAGGAAAAGUAAAGGAAAAUUUACGAAGCUUCGCAAGAGAGGGAGGGCAGUAGAUCCUGAGGAAGAAUUUGUGUCGGGAGGAUCGAGCUUUGGGGUCCAUGGACGGUACGGUCACGGACAACAACUAUCUGUAUCUCUCGAGCCUCUCCUUCCAUCUUCUACUCCGCAGACAUCACAGGAUAGUAUCCCGGCAGUGUCAGCCCCGCAAAUACCACUAGACUGGUCCUAUCUCCCUCCCGUCCUACCCAACAUACCAACAGAUCCCAACUAUUUCAGCCUCUACGACACCGACGACCCAUUUGCCCGCAUCCAAAGGGCAAUACUCCCCACAUCUCCAGUACAUCCCAUCCCCGCGUCUUCGCGCAGGGUGUCGCAUGAAGUACCGCUUGAACAAUACACCAAGUACACCGCCAAGAACCCUGGGCCAAAUACCCCGCUUUUCAUCAAUCGCACUCUCGCCCGUCACUCGGGUCCGGACUUUUUCUCAGGUCGGGAAAGUACCCCCUCGUUUCCGUCGGCAGAUCCUCCCCAAUUCACAUCAUCUCAAACCGGAAGUGAUACCGUUCAUUUGUUCGCAGACGCACCUCCAACUCCACCCAAACCGCGGAUAUCAAUCCUCAGUCCUCUCGCCGAGCAUACCACCCCGCGAGAGGAGGCACACCUGAUCCGGAUAUCAGGCAGCGAAGUCGACGCUCACAGCCCUGAAUCCAUUUAUUCACAAGAAUCCGCACAGCAUUCCUCCCAUCCUCCAGAACCCCAGCUACCAUCCCAGUCAUCAAGAAGGGGCAGAGUAUCCCAGAGAUAUUCAAGGUCAUUCAAGCUAUCAGAGCUAAGCACUGUUAUGGAAGGUUCGACAUCAACAAGCGGGCCUUCCUCCCGUGACGUCUCGACGAACCCUGAAAUGCAGAAAAAGCCAUCCCUCACCUUCUCAGAACUCGAAAGAUCAUCUUCUGUAUCAGUCGCACUCUCUCACACCGCACCCUCCACAGCCCCCGAACUCACUUCGUUCCCCCUCCUUUCCUCCAACGACGCAUUCAGGAAGAGCGGUUAUAGCUCAUCGACAAUAUCCCCUCGAGCAGCCGAGCGACGAGGUAUCCUUCAUUGGCACCUUCUAUCUCCCCACCGUCCUUGGCCGGCUCGAAUCCUCAAACUGAUUCAGCGACGGAGUGGCACCGUCCACCAGCAGGCCUUGAAGCGCUCAAAACGUUGGAUCUCCCAAAUCCACACGCACCAACGCUGGAGAUCCCUAAAAUACAUCCGUUACCUCCCGUUCAUCGACAUCUACCUGCAGCUGGCGGGAAAGCGCCAUGCAAAGCUCGAUUGUGUGCACAUUCGCCGGGCUCCGUCCCAGAAGUUGAGCAUAGAUCGAUUGUACAAUGUGGUAUUGCAAGUAUCGAUGUAA